CUACCAUCCCAAGCCAAUUCUUAACCAACCUGCGCUGACUCUGCCGGGAAAGGGGGCCUUUCUGAUCUCUCAGAUCUUACCCUACCCUCCUCCAGCUGCCCCCGCAACCUGCUGAAAUAGAAGCCCUCAGAAUUUCAGGCUCGAACAAACUUCCAAUAGAGAAGGUUCUCUUUCAUCCACUACAUUUUUUUACCCUCAAUGUUGGAUAAAGGCUGCUGUCACCCAGUGAUGGGCCAAGCCCAAUUAUAAACGUCCUGGCCACAAAAUAUGACGUCCCAAUUCCCAAGGGCGGGGCGGAGCAGGCCGGGUCAGGGCUGGAACAGCGAUGGUCAGGCACUGACCUCCCGCCGCUUCAGUCAGUCCUCCAGACCCGGGCGGGGCGGGGACCCGCGCGGAGACGUGGACCCGCGCGGGGACGUGGUGGCCCGCUGCUCCGCCCAGGCCACUGGCUCCCGGGCGGGGCGGGGCGCCUGCUCCCUCACUGGUAGCCGUGGCGGCCAUCUUGGCUGAGGGCGGGCGUCCCAGCAACCCGGAGACCGAAGCGGGUGAGGGGGUGGGCCUCAUCUGAAUCAAACCGCGUCAGAACCAAGAUCGUGAGGUCGUGUUGCCGCCAUCUCUUGGGGAGGCGUCCUCCACUCCUGAUUGUGUGUCCCUCCAGCCACGAACUCAGUUUUUAGCCCCCGGUGUGGGCCCUGGAGAAGCCGCUUGCUGCGCCCAGACCCUCGGGCCCGCUGGGCAGGUAGUCCCGAUCACGUGAGGCCCCGCGGAACCUGAGGCCGCUCUGGCUCGUCGCCGGGGCAGACACUUACCAUGGCGCCGCCUCCGGCCUUGCUCCCCGCGCAGGAACCAGAUGGGGCCGCGCGCGAGGGGAGGAGACCCGCGCCCGUGAGCUUCGCGGAGGUGGCCGUGUACUUUUCUUCGGAGGAGUGGGGGUGCCUGCAGCCCACGCAGAGGGCUUUGUACCGGGACGUGAUGCGCGAGACCUACGGUCAUCUGGGCGCGCUCGGAUUCCGAGGCACCAAGCCCGCCCUCAUCUCCUGGGUGGAGGAAGAGGCCGAAUUGUGGGGUCCAGAUGCCCGAGAUCCGGAGAUGGGAGAAUGUCUGACAGAAGCAGACACAGAGCUGAGUCCCAGAGGCAGCUAUGGGUCCAGAAGAUGGCUAUAUCGAAGAGGCUUCUCUGUCACCCUAUGGGGUGUGGGAUUCAAGGACCAAGAUAAGCCAGGACCUGAGUUCUGCCUUUAUCUACCAGCAGAUUCCAAAAACAAAGAAGAGAAAGGACAAAGAGGAGGGACUGAGGCCCCGAGGAAGAUCCUUUCUAUGGAUGCACUGCCUUGUGGGCUGAAGGCUCUUAAGCCCCCUUCUGCCCGGCUCCCUUACAGUUUGGAGCAGCCCCCCAAGGUCCCUCGCCGGGGCCGCCCCCCACUCUGCGCCCAUCCCCCUGUUCCGAGGGCCGACCAGCGUCAUGGCUGCUACAUGUGCGCAAAGAGUUUUGCGUGGCGCUCCACCCUGGUGGAGCACCUGUACACGCACACGGGCGAGAAGCCCUUCUGUUGCCCUGACUGUGGCAAAGGCUUCAGCCAGGCCUCCUCUCUGAGCAAGCACCGGGCCAUCCACCGUGGGGAGCGGCCCCACCGCUGCCUGGACUGUGGCCGGGCCUUCACCCAGCGCUCUGCCCUCACCACCCACCUCCGGGUCCACACGGGGGAGAAGCCCUACCGCUGUGCUGACUGUGGCCGCUGCUUCAGCCAGAGCUCGGCCCUCUACCAGCACCAGCGGGUCCACAGCGGCGAGACCCCCUUCCCCUGCCCAGACUGUGGCCGUGCCUUUGCUCACGCCUCCGACCUGCGGCGCCAUGUGCGCACCCACACAGGGGAGAAGCCCUACCCGUGCCCGGACUGUGGGCGCUACUUCCGGCAGAGCUCUGAAAUGGCGGCGCACCGGCGUACACACAGUGGGGAACGCCCCUAUCCCUGCCCUCAGUGCGGCAGAUGCUUCAGCCAGAAGUCAGCCAUGGCCAAGCACCAGUGGGUCCAUCGUCCUGGGGCUGGAGGGCGCAGGAGCCGGGGUCCCAAUGGAUUGCCCAGGACCCUGGCUCCUGGCCAAGGGGACCUGGACCCACCGGUGGGCUUCCAGCACUACCCAGAGAUAUUCCAGGAGUGUGGGUGAUGGCCUCAAGGUGAAAAGACAAAGGGGGAAGAUCUAGACAUUGCAUGAGACCCAAGCUGGGUUGGGUGCUAAACCUCUGUGGUGGUUCCAGGAAGGUCACAGAAUUCCCUGCGCGAGCUGCUGGAUGAGAACCAUCUUGUUUUAGGCCCUCACCAGCUUGACCUGCUGGCAUUUUCCUCCCUCCUGUCCCAGACUCUAGAAGCCUCCUUUGCUGAAUUAGGGCUGAGGUAAGCACCCCUGGUAGACCUCUGCUGUGUGGAAGAAAAGGCUGUUUCUCCGCUUAGAGAUGCUGAGAGGAUUAAGGUAGAGGGGAACCUUGAUUCACCCAUUGCCUUCUUACUGCAGAAGUUCAUAACUGAUGGCUAUGUACUGAAUCAGGCUUAUAGCUAUCUUUUUUUAUUUUUAUUUUUUGGCCCAGCUAGCAUUUUAAAAUGUUAACAAAUGAUUAGUUAAGAUUUCACACAAAAAUCCAGGUUUUUGGCUGCUCUUGAAAAAUCCAAAGAUUUGGCAACUCGAUCGAAGCUCCCACAAAACCAGUUGGCAGGAGGUGGGGGCAGCUGCCCCCUUUGGAUGGAGCUGGAGCCUGUGCUCUCCAGUUCGGCAUGCCCGCCACUCCUUAUCAGCUCCUGACAAAAGUCAGCUGGAACUCAUCAUGGCUUGGCUAGGUCUCUGGCAAAGCAGGCUCUCUCCAUCUGGUAUUUUCCACUCAUUUACAUGACCUGUUGGGCUCCUGUGGUCAUCGGAGUUUUGCAAACUAUGGUCUACAGCAUUCAAGUUUUCCUGAAUCAUAUUCAGAUAGAGAACAUUAUAUAUAUUUGUGAAAAGGUGGCAGGAGUGAAGUAAAAGCAAGCUUUAUUUUAGAUCUUGCUUGCAUUGCAUUUUAUGGUUGACAAAGCACUGUCUUGUCCAUCCACCCACUUCAUCCUCAGAACUGCCUGAGGAAGGGAGCACCUUGCUUGGAGAGGAGAGCCCCGUCAAGAAGAGGCAGUCAGGAUGGAACCUUUUGCCCCAAACCAGUGGCAUGUCUGCCAUACCACAGCACUGCUCUCAGCUGAUGGCACUUCUUGGUUUUGAAGGGGAAGGCCCUCCAAAAGGUCACCCUCCAGUCCUUCUUGGGCCUCCCUGGGAGCUCUAUGGCUCAGGCCUCAGCCACCCAAGAUCCAGCCUGGAAGAGAUCCGAGCUUUGCCAUCCUUUUGCAGUUGGGGACACUGAGACUGGGGAAGGCUAAGUAACCUGUCCAAAGUCACACACAGAUGGCUGGAUUCUUGGUGUACAGCACUCUUCACCACACCAUUCCCGAAUUUCUUGCCAGUGUCUCAGCCAGAGUUCUGGAGGCAUCUGCCCACUCCCUCUGAGGGCACCCAGGCACUGACCUGGACUGAGAACAAACCAGCUCAGUGUCACUGAAGCCCAGGUAAAAGAUGAGAGACAAGACAGUCACAUAGCAGACCAAGGCAAGGGUGGAACCAGCCUGAGAGGAGAGUUCAGGGCAAACAUGGGUUUGUGGUGGGUCCCUACCAUCACAAACCAAUGGGAACUAGGCCAGGAAUAUUUGGGGUUAGUAGCCAGAGGGAAUUGUACUCAUCUAUAUCCUCUGCACAGAAUCUCCCUUUCACCUCGAGACUCCAUUAUCCAUCUAUCACUAAUUCCUUUGUGGUCAGCCCAGCCUUGGCCAUGUGAUAGAAGCAGCCAGCCAUGGACAGACUCUGUCCUGCCUCCAGUCAGGAUGACCUUCACCUCAAGGAGUGGCAGCAGGGGUCAUGCCCUCUGCUGGCCCUGUACACUUGCCUCCUUUACCCAACCUAGCCCCGUGUCUUGAACUGACUUGAUUUUAAUCUUCAAAUCUGAGCCCACCACGAUCUCCCUUAUGCUAAGCUUUUCUGGGAGGAUUGGCUUGUGGGCCAAUAAGUGGGACAUGGUGUAAGAAGAGGCACCUUGGCUGUGGCAGCGACCUUUGUACCAACUUGUAAUUCCCUAGAGAAGCCAGUGUACAAACCACCCCCUCCCUUAACCCUGAGCUCUGCCUGGGAAAAGCCCAGCUUGCAUACCGGUUCUCAGCUCAAGACUCAAAGCUAGAUCAGGGCCCACCCAGGCCUGAGCUUUCCAAUUAAAGGUGCCACCGUUACUGCCUUCUUUGAGUGCUGUGAAGUUUGCAAGACUUGCUCAGGGCCAAACACCAGACCCAACUCUUCUUCCUGCCUUUGUGACCCAACUUUCCUCCAUUAAAUCAAUUUUGGGUGUGUAGGGAAAAGAAAGUUGGUCAGGCUCCCUCACCUGGCCAUCCAGUGGAGCUGCCAUAGUUACCUGCUAGGUGUAGAAAAUGGAAUGUUGCACAGACACUUUCCAUCCUGAUGAUGACACUGUUUGUGUAUUCUUACAUAAGCACUUUGGCUAUGAGCCACCAUUGUCCCAGCAUAGUGUAGAGCCCCGGCCACUGUACAAGGCAGGUGGUACCUAGAGAGCCAGUGAAUAAAACAUGUCUACUCUG